AUGGUUUCUGCAAAAGCUUACAAAGUUCAAGACGUAAACAGGAAGAAGCGUGUUGGGAUUGUGGCGAACAGCUUGACCGAUCUGAAGCAUAAAGGUUCAACAAAGUUGGCGGUUCCCGGCGAUUGCAGAGUGUGCCUCGAGGAUGGAACAGAAGUUGAUGAUGAAAGUUAUUUUAAAACUCUUCCUGCGCAGACUGUCUUUGUGUUUGUACGAUCAGAUGAGACAUGGCACGGAUGUAAGUAAAAAAAUUGAAGAGGUCAAUGCCAGUGAAGGUGUAUGAAGUGUCGAAGUUAAUCGAUUUAUUUUUGCACUCAUGCACAUGCCAAGUCGUGUCCCCAGACUGUCCAAAUUGCAGAAUCAUAUUCCUUAGCAAAUCCGGACAUUUAUAUUUAAAUGUAGCCAGAAAGUUCUGCAGUCUAUCCUUUUCCAGCCACAAUUCUUCUAGCCUGCGUAGCAAGCGUUUCCAGUCGAGUUAUAGCGCGAAGGUUGGAACAGGAGCAAAAAAAAAAAAAACAUGGAAGGGGGAGGGGUAGGGGAGAAGAGAAGAAACGCUUGCCCGCAAACCCCAUGAUUCUGGAAAAUGCCCCUUGAUAUUUCACGGUUUGGUUCAUUGCCAACGAGCCAUCCGAGCGAAAACGCUCGGAUGGCGAGGCGGCAGCAGAAUAGAGCCGCGCAAGACAGGGCAAUAGGCAGAAAAAUUCUCGAUCGAGCUGAAAAAAGUGUAACCUAAUGUAAUGUAGAUUCCGCUGAGACCAAGUGGUGAGUUGUGAGCCAAUCAAAAGGCAGUACCUGGCACACGGGCUCAAGUUGAAUAACAAACAAAAUUUCACACACUUCCCGCCGUCGCGACUUCCUGUGUUUAUUUACCUAAAUGUUUUCGUUAAACCCGGCCACCGCAGUCAAGAGACAUGAGCACUUGAUAUAUUCUAUUAAUUUUAGGGGCCAUAAUGUUAAAUUUUAACGAAGAGAAGUUUGUAAAACAGCAAAAGUGUUCUAUGUACAGCAAGCAAUAUUCUCACCGCUAAAAAGGAUCAGAUUACACGAGGAGAUAAGGAAAGCUUGACAUGAAGAAUGCAGUCGCUUCUGUUGGAAAAUCUGGUGUUGGGGAAAAAAUCUAACAAGCAAACAAAAACAAUGAGAACAAAAACGAAUUACAAGCCUAAAGCAAACGACAAAGGAAAAGAAAACAACACCACUUUUGUCAAAACGUGGCCGAGUUCAGUAUAAAAAUAAUGAACUAAAAUUAAAUACUGACGUGCCGUACAUCGCAUGUCCUUGGAAACAUUUCAGAUGGCCCAGCGAAUCAUUUUAAGUUUCAAUGCAAUAACAAUAAGACUCGGGAAAUUUGAAAGGAGGUUUAAAUGAUUAAACUGUGCAAAUAUUUAUCAACAAUGUGAAACCGAACCGACAGUAGAUUUGUAGCUGGACUUAGUAAUAUUCCCGAUUGCUUCCUCUGCAAAGCUGACUUUAUUCUUUCAAGGCACUUCACAAUUUUACAUAGCAGGUUUGUAAAGCUACCAUACUGAAUCUGAGAACUUUUCAAGAAAAUAAUCCUUGCAACAGGAAGCGACCAAGAAACGGUCAAAUGGGGAAAAAAAGGAAUUUUAUUCCUAAGCAAAAUACGCAUGAUUUGCUCGUUGGCACUCCAUUGAUAGGUAUACCUAGUUUGUAAAUUGACAGCUUGUCAAGAUAGAUAACGAAUAGAUUACCAGAUUUGAAAAAUUUACUUUGUUCCCUAAAACACGCUCCACGCGAGUGCAAAACUGAAAUAAAAAGAAGCUUUACGACAAAAGAAGGUUGAAACUCUAAGCAAUUGCUGCGGAAUUUUUUGUUCUUUACAGUUAAGUAAAAUUUUGAACGUUAUGUGGCUUUAUCUCAUCUGAAACCUUAUCAAAACGUCUCAAAGAAAUGAUUUGUCCAGAACAAUUCACUCCGCCAGCUAUGAGUUUUGCAGAGCAGUUCCUUUCUAUAGGCUAGCCAGUGUCGAAAAGUUCUCUUCAAUACAUAUGCCGCUCAAUUUCCAAUCACUAGUCCAUGGCGGCUCUAGCUAGUGUCUAGUACCGCUGUUCUGAUUUACGUUGAUGUUAUCUCCAACAAACAGUCCAUUUUUUCCAGUCAGAUACGUACGCCGUCAUUGCCAAUAAAUUGGCCUUCACUAGUCUCCACUGCUCGAUCUCCAAUUAUACUUUUGAUCGAAGAGACUCAUAUUUGAUAAACCUUUGCACAAACAUGAUUCAAAUAUCAGACCAAAGCAUUUGCAAUCUGCGACCACAAAUAAGAUCAGACCAGAUCUACGACGCACGUAAACGAAACACACCUGGUUUGAUUGAUGUUUCGAGUGCUAAGUAAUCAACACUACCAGUACCGCACCAAUCAAAAGCUGCGUUCGUGGGCGAACGCAGUUUUUCAAAAUCAUGGGGUUUGCGGGCAAGCGUUUCCUUCUCUCCCCUCCCCCUCCCACGUCAUUCCUUUUUUUUGCUCUUGUCCCAACGUUCUCAAUGAACUCGCGCGGAAACGCUUGCUACGCAGGCUACAAUUCUUCGAAAGAACACACUAUUUCCUUAAUGUCUUGUAACAACUUAGUGUUCAGAGUAUGAUCUAAAAAUGAGGUACAGAUUUGUACCCCCCAUCCAUUUCCCCGCAUGACUUUAGAUUCUCCAUCCCAGUAUCAACCACUGUCGUCACAUUUGUGUCGUUCCUGGGUAAAUGGGUGUGCUAAAUGUCCCGGAUAUUUUUGUUGUUGUGGUGGGGGUUUGGGGGGCUGUUAGGGUGGCUGUGAACUUGGAGAGAGAACUUUACUUUUUCCUUACUAUUACUUACUCUAUUUAAAUUUUGAUUGACCCAUUAACUGAUUUCUAAAGGUACCAUUAAGCAUCCCUGCAAAUUCAUUAGAUUUUUGGUAUUCUUACAUGCAGUCAGAGAUACACCUGUAGUUUUGCAUCCUGAUUAAUAAAAAUGAUUUGGAUGCUGUCCCAUUGAAAGUAAAUGAUCUUGGCAUAAAGCAGACUUGUUACUUCUCACAUGUUUUUAAGAGCAAUAGUUGCUCCAAUCAACUGGUAAAAUUAUUACAUUUUUGAAAUGUUUACACCAAACGUAUGUAAGAAGUUUAUUAAGAAGUUCAUUUUAUCGACUGUAACAGCACUGCACCUACCAGUAGUUUGUGAAAGAAACUUUAAACAUUAAAAAAGAAAUUGAAAGAAGAUGAAAUUGAUGUAUCUGUUUGCUUCAUUAUUAGAUGUGACAGUGCUUAAGCAAGCAACAGAGAAGAUAUUCAAGGCCAUGUCUCAACGUGAUAGAAUGAUUGAGCAGAUUUAUGAUUUCAUUCAUGGUUCAGAAUCUGAUGAAAUGUACUGUGUUAUGGUUGAACUGGUGAAUCGUCUUGAUGAUAACAUUGAUGCUGAGGAACGCAGUGAAGAUGAGACUUGGUUUGAUGGGCUAAGGCAGUCAUUUAACACUAAGGAAGAUGCAAUGCAAGAUGCUGCAAAAUCCAGAAUCAGAAAGUAUUUUUCUAAUGCAAAGGAAUCUUUUGAGAAGGUAUUUUGUACAACUGUCUGUUAGGUAUUUAUCAGAAUUCAGCCAUGUGAGUUUACUUUAAAUACUAGAAUAAGUGCCCAUGAUGUGUAUUUAAUUUUUUUGAUUUGAGAGCGGGAUUGUAUUUUGAAGCAGGUCACUUAUUUGAAGGGGAGGGGAGUUCUUAUGUUACUCAUUAUAAUUUUGACUUCAAGAUGACACUUGUCUUUGUUUUAAACGAAUGAAAAGUUCUACAACAUUGAAUGAAACUAGAACAUAUCCUUUGGCAAUAAUUGUACUAAAAUAUUUGUGUGGAGGGUUUAUUUGAUUCUUUGCUUCAAUAUUUUGUUGUAACUAAAUUCCUAGGGCAGUAUCAUCAGAGAAGUAGUGUCUUUAACAUCCAACUCAGGGCUCGAAAAAAUCCGGUCCUAACCAGUAGUCUGGGACAACUAGUUAGAUUUUCUUGCUGGGCAAGUAACUUUUAAAUUUUACUUACCCAAUGGGCAACAGUGUUCUCCUUAAUUUUAGCUCAGCAGGUACAUGUGCCUGUAUGGGACCAUUGAUGGCUGGUAAGGCCAAAAAUGCUCCAGGGACACACUUUCCUGUGGAGGGGGGGGGGGGAAGGGGUGGGGGGAAGUAGUGGAGUGAGGGACAUAGCCCUGCCCUCGCUGGGAAAUUUAGGACCUAAGUUCUCUGAAAUGUCAUUCCCUCAUUUCAAGACCUAUUUUACGCAAAUUGGCCUUUGUCAUCUUUAUACAACAAUUUAAAACACUGGAUUCCUAUAAUUUUACACUGUCUUCAAUGUUCUCUUUCCAAAAUGUGUGGCCCAUAAAAGAAAGCUGUGUAUGCAUAAUUUGUAGUUUAGUACUUUUGCACGUAAUAUAAUAUUGUUGCUUCAGGCAGUAAAUUUUACCAGUUACUGCCUGAUAAGGAGAACACUGGGCAAGGAUCCAGGCAUAUCAUCCUCUCACAAAAUAAUAAUUAACUAAGAUGAGCAAAAGGGGGCCGCAAGCAGGCACAAUGUGACAGCGGCUUGCCCGAAGGACAAGCUGGAAUUCAAGAUUUUUUUUGAGCCCUACAACUGUGUGAUGUUGUCAAAUAUGUCACUGUAAAAUGAUUGUAAAUGUUGCGCUUUAUCAUAUAUGACAUAUCCGCCCUCCAGUAACAGGGCUCGCACAGUCUUGAGAAGUCCUUGAAUUUUAGGAGGAGUCCUUGCAAAGUCCUUAAAUUUGUGUGCAAGUCCUUGAAAUGUCCUUAAACUUUCUUGAACUUUGUAUCUAGUGGCCUGGAAAAUGCUUUUUGGUUGUCUGCAGCAGGUAUAAAUCUUAGCUCAGAGAAGUUAAAGGUGAUUUGCAUAAAGCGUUUUUUUGUUUCGUCUAAGAAGUCACUAUCAGUUUAAGACAAGUGAACUGAAAAAUGUAGAGGUUGGUGGAGCAAACAGUGCAAGCCUUAAAGUCCUGUUAGAAUGGACUGGGAAUGUGCAUUUUUUUACAAACUGUGAAAUUACAUUCCUGGUAGGUGUUCCUUGAAAAUCAAAUGUGGUCCUUGAAAAGUCCUUAAAAAUGGUUGUAAUGUUUUAUAUGAAUCCUGAUUUAAGGAGGAUGAAGGUAGGUGACAUGUUAGAGGGGAGCUAAUUUGAAGGGGGUUGCUUAAUUAAUAUUUUUAGCCAAAACGAGCAUCGAUGGUAAUUACAUGUACUCUUUCUUAACAUGGUUAAAGCUGUCAUAAGAAUUAACCUUCUGGCACUUGAAUGUGUUUUUGUUCAAUAAUGCUGCAACUAGAGCUGGCUAGUUACUGGAAUAAUACAUGUAAGCUCUAGUAGUGUGGUGAAAAUAUGUUCAUGUUUUUGUUGUUGCUCUGUUUUGUCUUUCAGUUAUUGUAUAAUUUGGUAUUUCAUUGAAAGAGAGAGAAACAAACAAACAAGACACCAUUCUUAUUUAUAACACGCUUGAAUUAUAUUUUCAGGCAAGCAGAAAAGCUCAGUCACAUCUUUCAAAUACUCUGGAGCAAUUUCAAGAUGAGCUUAAGAGAAAACAAUACUAUGGAGACUACUUUGCUAGAUCUGCCAGUGAGAAACUCCGUCUCUGCUGUGACAAGGGAUGGUUUAGCUGUGAGGGACCUUAUGAUGAGGAAAACUGCUUCAAGUUACACAAAAUCAACCCAUAUGGCAGCAAGGAAAGCAGGGUCCUGUUUAGCACUUGGAAUCUGGAUCAUGUGUAA